UUUUUUUUUUUUUUUUUUUUAAUUUUUCUUUUCGCGUGUUGAGCUUUUGUUGUUUGAGUGUGCGCGUGCGGUGAGAUGAAAGUCAACGAGCGGCACCGAAACAAGGAGUCCAGCGGCGCGUGGACACAACUUCUAUUCUACAAAUGCACUUUAUAUUUAUUCAUCUUGACUCUGGAACUGAGGAGUGUGACGGCACCCCUAGAAUCUGAUGUGUUUGCGUUCUUCCAUGAGGGUGCCCGGGGAUGUCUGGGGGUGCGGGACCACGCCCUCAUCUUAUCAACUUCCUGUGAGGAAGACAACCAGCGCUGGAAAUGGGUGACCCGAGGUCGCCUCUUCAAUCUAGGCUCAUCAAUGUGCCUGGGCCUAACUGUUGGCAACUCCAGUUCUAGAGGGGACAGGUCCCUGCUGGGCGUGUACACAUGUGACCAUGAACCCCCCAGGGUGCGCUGGACCUGGAACUGUGGCCAGGUGCUUGACAGCCUCAACAAAAACCUUCCCUCGCCUUCUCUGUUUGGGAACGUUUCCUCACAAGCGCCUUCCCUCAAGCCCUCAGGAGGAUGGCUCAAAUGGACAGUGUACGGUGGCAUGCAGGACCUGUGCUCGAAUACGUAUCGUGAGAUCUACACAAUCCAGGGCAACUCUCACGGUCGCCCCUGUUACCUGCCCUUCCUGUACGAUGGCAACUGGUUCCACAGCUGUACCAACAUUGGGCGCGAGGACGGUCACCUCUGGUGUGCAACUACCUAUGACUACAGCAAAGACGAGCGCUGGGGCUUCUGUCCCGUCAAGAGUAAAGGCUGUGAGACAUUUUGGGAUACUGAUCCGCUGACUGACAGCUGUUACCAGUUUAACUUCCAGGCUACGCUGUCAUGGAGUGAAGCACGGAUUAGUUGCCAGCAGCAGGGAGCAGACCUGCUGAGCAUCACCAAGUUGCAUGAGCAAACCUAUAUCAAUGGUUUGCUGACUGGCUACAGUGCUGCUUUGUGGAUUGGCCUCAAUGACCUGGAUGUCAACGGAGGUUGGCAGUGGGCCGACUCCUCACCGCUGAAGUAUCUUAACUGGGAAACAGACCAACCAAACCAAGCUGAGGAGGCCAAUUGUGUCGCAAUCAGAACUGAGUCAUCAGGUCGCUGGCAAAACCGUGAUUGUGCUGUUGCUCUGCCUUAUGUUUGCAAGAAGAGGCCCAACGCCACCCUGGAACCCUUCACUACCGACUCCUGGGCUGACAAUGAGAAAUAUGAGUGCGAUGUAGGUUGGCAGUCUUUUCAGGCUGGUUGCUACAAGCUGACUUCAGAAAAGUCCAACUGGGAAACUGGUCAGAAAACCUGCCAGAAAAUGGAGGCCAACCUGGUCAGCAUCCACACUUUGCCCGAACUCGAGUUCAUCCUGCGCAAUCUCAAGAAAGACAUUAACCAGCUGUGGAUCGGGCUGCAUGACACCAACAUGCAAAUGGACUUCCAGUGGACUGACCACACACCCGUCAUCUUCACGUACUGGCACCCAUUUGAACCAAAUAACUUCCGCAACACUGAGGAAGAUUGUGUCUCCAUGUGGGGACCUGAGGGUCGCUGGGAUGACAACCCUUGUAAUCUGACGCUGGCCUCCAUCUGUAAGAAACAAGGCACCAAACAUGAAGGGAAGCCACAGCACAAAGACUGCAAACAAGGCUGGAAGUGGCACAGUCCGGCUUGUUACUGGGUGGGUGAGGAUCUGCUCACAUUUGAAGAGGCGAGGAAAGCCUGUGAGGACAAUGCAGCUACUCUUGUAGCUAUUACCAAUAGGUUCGAGCAGGCCUUCGCCAGCAGCCUGGUGUUUGGUCGUUCUGGAGAUUCUUUCUGGAUUGGCCUCCAUGAUCAAGGCAGCCCCAACUCCUUUCACUGGCUCAGCGGUGAUGAGGUCUCCUAUACCAACUGGAAUCGAGACCAGCCAGUUAAAGUUCAUGGCCGCUGCGUUUCUAUGGCGACGGGCAUCGCAACAGGUCUGUGGGAGGUGAGGGAGUGUGCGUCAGCACGGGCAAAAUUUAUUUGCCGUCAGAACCAGGACACGUCUGUGAGCCCAGAGCUUCCGGUCCCACAGCCCACCCCGAGCCUCACCGGAUCCUGUCCAAACGGCUGGAAGAGCAACAGCAACCUGCACUACUGCUACAAGGUGUUCCAUUCCUCCACAUUGAGGUCCAAACUGAGCUGGUUGAAGGCCCACCUGUUCUGUAGAGAUCAUGGAGCCAACCUGCUCAGCAUCAGUGGCCCAGAUGAGGAGCAGUUUGUUCUUCAGAUCCUCCAUGAGGCCUUUGGGGAGUCAGAGGAGCAUGAGCAGCACUGGUUUUGGAUUGGACUGAAUCGCAGGAACCCCAUGGACAAUGGCAGUUGGAAAUGGAGUGAUGGGCUGGCUUACACAUACCAGAACUUUGGCCGCUACUAUUACAACAUUAGGCAGUGUGCAGCCGCAGACUUGGGCACGAUGACUUGGCUGGCUAUGCACUGCGACUCAGAAUUGGACUGGAUCUGCAAGAUCCCCAGAGGAAGUGUUGAGAAGGAAAAAGACACUGCUGAAGGCACCAGUUCUCCAGAGUGGAUCCUAUUCCAGGAUGCCGAGUACAAGUUUUUUGACCACCGCACAACUUGGCAGCAGGCUCAGAGGAUUUGCACCUGGUUUGGUUCCUCUCUGGCCUCCAUCCACUCACUUGCAGAACAGAAGUUCCUGGCUUACACUUUAGAGAAGAUGGUAAAGGUGGAGGGUGAUGACUGGUGGGUUGGGCUUCACACUUAUGAAAACGAUGGUCGUUUUCGCUGGUCUGAUUAUUCGUUGCUCAACUAUGCAUCCUGGGCUCUUGGAAAGCCUCAAACUCUGAGUCGGGAUCGUAAAUGUAUCCACAUUACGGCCAACAAAGGAGACUGGGCAGAUCGGAAGUGCCACUCUGACCUGCCCUACAUUUGUAAGAGAGUGAAUGUCACCGGCACCAUUCCUCCAACGCCAGCAUCACCACUCCCACCAUCAGGUUGCCCUGACAGAUGGUCGUCCUAUCAGCACAAGUGUUUCAGAGUAUUUGACCAGCCAAGCCGUGUUACGUGGUCUGCAGCCAGGCUGAUGUGUGAGACACACAAGGGUGUACUGGCAAUGGUGUCCAACCAUUUAGAACAAGCUUUCAUCACCACGCUGCUCUUCAAUGUCAGCGUUAACCUUUGGGUCGGCUUGACGUCAGACUCUAAAGGUUAUUUCCAGUGGGCCCAGCCUUCCCUUCUCAGCUACACCAACUGGGCUCCUGGAGAGCCACUGGACAACAGAGGGCCACUUCGCAACAAAAACCCGGGGAACUGUGUGGUGAUGAUUCACGGCAACCCACAGAGGAACACUGGCAUGUGGGCGUCCAGGGACUGUGAGAUGGAGAGUAAUGGCUUCAUCUGUCAGAAGAAGCAAGAAUCUGGUCUUCCGCCAGCUCCGACCCUCAUUCCUGCCUCCCUGUCAAAGCCGCUGGAGCUGGGCGGGGUCACAUACCGGGUGGUGGAGAAGCGCUUUGAUUGGACUGGCGCUCUACACAUGUGUGAGUCUUUGAAUGGGACCCUGGCUAUGGUGAAGGAUCCCUACCAGCAGGCUUACCUCACCCUACUUAUUAACCAUCUGCGCCGACCCGCCUGGAUCGCCCUCUACAACUACGGCGGGCGGAGCUUCACCUGGUUGGGUGAAGAGGAACUGUCAUAUUCAAACUGGGAAGAUGACAAGCCCAAUCAGAUGACUGGAUGUGGUCACAUGACCACCACUGGGCUGUGGACUAAGACUCCCUGUGAUGCUAAACUGGAUGUUGCCAUUUGUCAGAUUAGUGAGGAGCCUGUGUUUCACCAGUGGAUCUUCCCUGGACAGUGCCCUCACUCUCUGGGGGAGUGGGCGUGGGUGCCCUUCAGGAACCACUGUUAUGCCUUUAACCUGCAAAAUGUUAAGCUGCAGCAGGACGCACGGACCUCCUGCAGUAAAGUGGGAGCUGAACUUCUCUCCAUCUUGGAUGAGACAGAGAAUGAAUUUGUAUGGGAGCACAUCCAGAGUAAUGCAGAUCAGGCAAACGGGGCUUGGCUGGGAAUCAACAUCAAAGGUCGAGGCUUGGUGUGGAGUGAGGAUGUAGAAAUGUCUUAUACCAACUGGGAGGCACAAGAUGUUGCUUUUUCUGUGCUGUCUCCCAACUCCUGCUUCUGGAUCCAAAGCAACACCGGCCUGUGGAAGCCGGGCUCCUGCAGAAACCGCACACACGGUGUCAUCUGCAAACGGCAUCGCAGUGCUGAACCGUCGCCUGUUGCCUCCAACAGCGAGCACUUGCCCACCAUCAUUGUCGUCAUGGUGACAGGCCUGUUGCUGGUGGUGCUGAUCGUCGGUGUGAUCUACUUGUACCGCCGGAGAACUGUUGGGGUGCGAGGCUCUUAUGACGGGGCGCGCUACAGCCGCACCAACUCCAGCCAAGAGGAGCAGGUGGAGAAGAACAUCCUGGUGUCGGACAUGGAGCUGAACGAGCAGGCGGAGUAGCAGAGCUGCCCUGAUCCCGCCCCCCAAGGACUGGACCCAAUCCAUGAUUGUGGCAAUUAUUAUUAUUAUUUUUGUCAUCUCGUUUUAUGAAACCAAAAAAAAAAAAAAAGAUUUUAAAGGACUUUGAAGCUGUGUGGAGCGCAGCAGAUGCCACUUUUUUUUAUGAAGCCCCGCCCACUCAAUCUUCAAUCGUGGCGUCUCCUCUGUGUAGAAAAAUCCUUCAGCUUUCCCAAGAAAGGGCUCAUGGAUGCAAGAUAUGGAUCAAGUGGAAGGUUCCAGCACUAAAUGUUUGACACAAACCCUCUUCAAAAAAAAAAAAAAAAAGACUCCUGUUUUUCUUCAACGGUGCCAAAAUAAAGUUUGCACUGUGUAAAUUUUUGUUUUCUUGUUCCUGCUCAGACAGCAAAAAAAAAAAAAAAAA